AUGGUGACAUGGUUUUACGUGAUGCAGAUGUCCAACAAUAAUUUGAUGCCUCACUUUACCAGAUUUGUGGACUACAACGAAGGGGACUGUUCAACAGGUGUGCAUGUGACAUGCACACAUUCUGGCCCCACCUUAUAAUAUAUCCGCCGGGUAGUACGCUGACAGUCCGAGACGGUCUACCAGCUACGGACCAUAGCCAAAAGAAAAACUCUCUUGGGAUAGGAAACGAACCUGCGCAGCGUUUACCACCGCGCUACCUGGAAACUAUUAAGACUAUAAGACGGCCUUUAAAGAAGAAUAAAUGGGGACGUUCCAGACUCCGUUGGGGGAACAUAUCGCGAGCAUGUGACAUGCACACAUACUGGACCCACCUUUGAAAUUCGCCGAGUGCUACUUCUACGCUCGACAGUCUGAGACCGUCUUCCACCAACGAGAAUUGAAGAAAAAGUAAAUUACCAAUGAAGGGAUAUACAAACUGGAGUAUGCCCAAAAGGAUGUACCCUGGUUUACCAAAUGCGGCUUCCAUGAUACCUUGGUAAGAGAAUUUUCCACUGAUGUGUCCGUUUCUAACCAUAAGAAUGAGAGAAUAAUCCGUAACGUAAGCAACAAAAAGGAGUAGGAAGAGUCCAAAUCCACAGCCGGCUUCAUGGAGAGCA